AUGGAAUUUGAUUUACAAACCAUCACUUCGUUCAUCACCUUGCACUUGUUCACCUGGUAUGGACUUGCCAUUGCUGCUGGCUUGAUAUAUGCCACCAUUGGUAAGAUCAAGAAGGAAAUGUUUAUAAGAAAACAUGGCUGUAAGGAGGCAUACGUCUUUCCCGAUGGAGGUCCCUUUGGUUUAAUAUUGGCCUACAUUUUGCAAAAAUACAAGUCCAAUGGUGAGAUUCUCGAUUUUGCUUUAGGCUUGUACGAGAAAUACGGUAGAAAAAGCACCUUCACAGCAUAUUUGUUUGGAGUUAGAGUUGUCGUUUCAGGUGAGCCAGAAAACAUGAAAGCUGUUUUGGCUACUCAAUUCAAUGACUUCUCCUUAGGUUCAAGACAUGCCCACUUUAAACCUUUAUUGGGUGACGGUAUUUUUACUUUGGAUAAUGAAGGUUGGAAAGAGUCUAGACAAUUGUUACGUCCUCAAUUUGCAAGAGAACAAAUUUCCCAUGUCAAGACUUUGGAGCCUCACGUUCAGGUGCUUGCAGAACACAUUAGAAAACAUAAAGGUCAAACAUUUGAUCUCCAAGAGUUGUUUUUCAGAUUGACUGUUGAUGCUAGUACUGAGUUUUUGUUUGGUGAGUCUGUCCAUUCCUUGUAUGAUGAAUCCAUUGGAAGAGAAUGUGACCCAGAGGUUGCCGGUUUUGCAGAGGCUUUCAACUCAGCUCAGGUUGCAUUAGGUGUUAGAACCUAUUUGCAAGUUGCUUACUUUCUUUACAACCCACCUUCGUUUUGGAAAAAUACUAAAACAGUUCAUAAGUUUGCCAAAAUGUUUGUCAACAAAGCUUUGAGCUUAACCCCUGAAGAGUUGGAGGAGAGAACAAAGAGCCAUGGAUACACAUUCCUUUAUGAAUUGGCUAAGCAAACGAGAGAUCCUAAAGUUUUGCAAGACCAAUUGUUGAACAUUAUGGUUGCUGGUAGAGAUACAACUGCUGGUCUUUUGUCAUUUGCCUUUUUUGAAUUAGCCAAGCACCAAGAUGUAUGGAACAAACUAAAGGAAGAAAUUUACCAACAUUUUGGAUCUGGAGAAGAUAGCCGUGUUGAAGACAUUACUUUUGAGAGUAUGAAGCAAUGCACUUACCUCAAGUGGGUAUUGAAUGAAGUUUUGAGAAUGUACCCUUCAGUCCCAGUCAACUUUAGAGUUGCUAACAAAGAUACCACAUUACCUAUUGGUGGUGGCCCUGAUGGAAAUUCCCCUGUGUACAUCGGAAAGGGAACCACCUUUGCUUAUUCACCAUACAUGACCCAAAGGAUAGAUAAAUUCUAUGGUAAAGAUGCACAAGAAUUUAAGCCAGAACGUUGGGAAAGUUCUCCAAAGUUGGGUUGGGCUUAUUUGCCAUUCAACGGUGGCCCACGUAUUUGUUUAGGACAGCAAUUUGCCUUGACUGAAGCCUCCUAUGUUAUUGUACGUUUGGCCCAAAUGUUCCCCAACUUGGUAAGCAAGUAUGAUGGUCCCGAACCAUGCAGGAAGUUGAUUCACUUGACUAUGUGUCUUAAGGAUGGUUUAGAAGUUCAAAUGAGUUAG